UUAGGGCGGGCGCGAGCCGGCCGCGAGGGGGUAGCGCUCAGGGAGCGCGUCUCGCGGAGAUGUGGAACCCGCUGCGUGAAGCCGACGCGGCCACGGGCUCCGGGCGUCGCCCGCGCUGGCUGUGCGUCGGGGCGCUGGGGCUGGCGUGCGGCCUCCUCCUGCUUGGCUUCCUCUUAGGGUGGUUUAUAAAGUCUUCUAAUGAAGCUACCAAUAAUGUUCCACAGCAUGGCAUGAAGAAGGCAUUUUUGAAUGAGUUGAAAGCUGAGAACAUCAAGGAAUUCUUAUAUAAUUUUACACGAGUACCGCAUUUGGCAGGAACAGAACAAAACUUUCAGCUUGCAAAGCAAAUUCAAUCCCAGUGGAAAGAAUUUGGCCUGGAUUCUGUUGAGUUAGCCCAUUAUGAUGUCCUGUUGUCCUACCCAAAUGAGACGCAUCCAAAUUACAUCUCAAUAAUCACUGAAGGUGGACAUGAGAUUUUCAACACAUCAUUAUUUGAACCACCUCCUCCAGGGUAUGAAAAUGUCUCAGAUAUCGUACCACCUUUCAGCGCCUUCUCUGCACAAGGAGUGCCAGAGGGGGAUCUAGUAUAUGUUAAUUAUGCACGGAUUGAAGAUUUCUUUAAACUGGAGCGGGACAUGAAGAUUAAUUGCUCUGGGAAGAUUGUGAUUGCCAGAUACGGGAAAAUUUUCAGAGGAAAUAAGGUUAAAAAUGCCCAGCUGGCAGGGGCCAAAGGAGUCAUUCUGUACUCAGACCCUGUUGAUUACUUUGCUCCUGGGGUGGCAUCCUAUCCAGAUGGUUGGAAUCUUCCUGGAGGUGGUGUCCAGCGUGGAAAUGUCUUAAAUCUUAAUGGGGCAGGGGACCCUCUCACACCAGGUUACCCAGCAAAUGAAUAUGCUUAUAGGCAUGGAAUUGCAGAGGCUGUUGGCCUUCCAAAUAUUCCUGUUCAUCCAAUUGGAUACUAUGAUGCACAGAGACUGCUAGAACACAUGGGCGGCUCAGCACCACCAGAUAGCAGCUGGAAAGGAAGUCUCAAAGUACCAUACAAUGUGGGACCUGGCUUUACUGGGAACUUUUCUACACAGAAGGUCAGGAUGCACAUCCAUUCCAACAGUAAAGUGACCAGAAUUUACAAUGUGAUUGGGACCCUCAGAGGAGCAGUGGAACCAGAUAGAUAUGUCAUCCUUGGGGGUCACCGAGACUCGUGGGUGUUCGGUGGCAUUGACCCUCAGAGUGGAGCAGCUGUGGUUCAUGAAAUUGUGAGAAGCUUUGGAACAUUGAAAAAGGAAGGAUGGAGGCCUAGAAGAACAAUUUUGUUUGCAAGCUGGGAUGCAGAAGAAUAUGGUCUUCUUGGCUCUACGGAGUGGGCAGAGGAGAAUUCCAGGCUCCUUCAAGAGCGUGGUGUGGCCUAUAUUAAUGCGGAUUCUUCUAUAGAAGGAAACUACACUCUAAGGGUUGAUUGUACACCUCUGAUGUACAGCUUGGUAUACAAUCUAACAAAAGAGCUACAAAGCCCUGAUGAAGGCUUUGAAGGCAAAUCUCUUUAUGAGAGCUGGAGUGAAAAGAGCCCUUCACCAGAGUUUAGUGGCACACCCAGGAUUAGCAAGUUGGGGUCUGGUAAUGAUUUUGAAGUGUUCUUCCAAAGACUUGGGAUUGCUUCAGGCAGAGCACGGUAUACUAAAAAUUGGGAAACAAACAAAUUCAGCAAUGACCCACUAUAUCAUAGUGUCUAUGAAACUUAUGAGUUGGUGGAAAAAUUUUAUGAUCCAACAUUUAAAUAUCACCUUGCUGUGGCCCAGGUUCGAGGAGGGAUGGUGUUUGAAUUGGCCAGUUCCAUGGUGCUCCCUUUCAGCUGUCAGGAUUGUGCUGUAGUUUUAAAGAAGUAUGCUGAUAAAAUCUAUAAUAUUUCAAUGAAGUACCCACAGGAAAUGGAAAGAUACAGAGUAUCAUUUGACUCAUUGUUUUCUGCAGUACAUAAUUUUACAGAAAUAGCUUCUAAGUUCAGCAAGAGACUUCAAGACUUAGACAAAAGCAACCCAAUAUUAUUAAGAAUUAUGAAUGAUCAACUGAUGUUUCUGGAACGAGCAUUUAUUGAUCCUUUAGGGUUACCACAGAGGCCUUUCUAUAGGCACAUCAUCUAUGCCCCAAGCAGCCACAAUAAGUAUGUAGGGGAGUCAUUCCCAGGAAUUUAUGAUGCUCUCUUUGAUAUUAAAAGCAAAGCAGACCCAUCCAAGGCCUGGGAAGAAGUGAAGAGGCAGAUUUCUGUUGCAGCCUUCACAGUGCAGGCUGCAGCAGGGACAUUGACAGAAGUAGCCUAGGAGGGAACUGAAAAAAGGUCCUGUUGAACUGCUAUGAUACACUGAAAAAUAAAAGUGUGAGAUUCUAGGUAUAUAUGUGAGUAUAAGUAUGUAUGUGUAUACAUAUACUUUUUCUUCUCAUUGUGAACCAAGAAAGAAAAAUGGACAAUUUUUAUUUUAUAAUUAUUGAAUGUUAUUCUGAAGUUGAAAAGUUGAACUAAAUGCUACAACUAAGAAGAACAUCUUAAUAUAGUAACACUUAUCUAGCACUAUCAACAUCAAGUCUAAUACAGCACUUCCAGAUCUAAGCAUGUCAUUGAACAUGUAGCAAAGCCCCCAUUCUGCAGCACAGUGGGGCAGGGCACAGGACAGCGCCUCCUAGAGACCAAGGCCUUCCUGGCCACCCCAGCCUGGGAAGAUCUCGCCCUACCACAUUUUUUGGGAAGUUGUGAGCUAAAUCCACUUCUAGUAAAUGUAGCCACUUUGUAUUGUAAAAGUAAUUGGUUUUUUUGUUAUUUGUUUAUUUUAUUUUAUUUCUUUGUACAUGUAUGUAGUACAUAAUGUUUCCAUUCCUUAUGUGGAGUUGAUGCAUGUACAUAACACAUCUUAAUUCCUUUUUUCAUCUCCUUUCCCUUCCUUCCCUAUCCCCUCCAGUCAUCUCUUGAUCCCUUUCAUUU